UGCGACAACAAGAACGACCAAUUACUCACCACUCGCCCUGAAUCUGCGCCGUGUCGCGAAGGAAAGGACAUCCCUCGCCAAUACGAAAUGGCGUAAUCGCUGCCUUCAUAUCUGAACUACCACUACAUACGUUCCUUACCCCAUUUCGGCACAACAAACAAACCAACACGGAGUCGCUCCUACCAUGGCGGUGCGCAACACGACACAGCCCUCCUUCAACUUCCUCACCGGCGAGGAGGAGGAGCCAACGCCCGCGCCUGCGACUACCAAGCGAGAACCUCUGCGCGAAACUUUUCGAACCACACUACGAGCCUCACAGAAUGCGCCGCACACGGUUGUGCCUUCUGAUCCGAUCAAUGAAGACCUCCGCGCCCAACUCAAUACCGUGCGAUAUGAGCUCGAGACCGCGAAACAAGAAAAGGAGAUGAUGAAGCUGGAGCAUGCGCAAGAACUCCGCGACGCCCAAAACCGUGCCGAUGCCGACUUUCGCAAAGCCCAGCAAGUCGAGGCAUCGAAUACCCUCACUGCGAAGAAAUAUGAUGCGCUGACCAAGGAGAUGGCUGAGGCACAGACGAAGGCUGCCAAUGAGCGGCAAGCGCUGGAACGGCGAUUGCGGGAGAGCCAAGAGAGGGCGCAAUCGCUACAAGAGGAAUACGAUGAGGUUAAGGAGGAGUUGUCGACGUCGCAACGGCAGAACGAGCACAGAUACAAUACCCUACAAACAGAGCACAAGGCGCUGAAGGAGAGUGUGGAGGAGAUGCAUGCAGAUCUACAAGCCAAGGUCAAUGCUCUACAAACGUCGCAGAAGAAGCUUGCGCAGAAGGAAGAGGAAGUCGGUCAGAUGGAGGCUGAGGUCUUGCGCCUGAAGGCAAUCACAGGAGAUGCGGAAACACUGGCAGUCAUCAAGAGGGAACUCUCCGAUCAGGUCGCACACAUCAAGAAGCUGGAGACCCUGACGAGGGAACAGAAUGCUGAGCUUAAGCAGUACCGGAAGCAACACAAGGCGAUUGAGGUGGUCGAGGAGGAGAAGAGGUCGCUGCAGACAAAGUUGCGCAUGAUGGAUGAUCUACAACGGCAGCUAGGAGAGGCAGAGCUGAGGAAGCAGGUCCUAGAAGAAGAGCGUGACUCGUGGACGUCGUACCUGGAGGCCGAAGCAGAGAUACACGGUGAAGUCCUCUUCGAGACACCCCAAGACCUCGCGCGAGCCUUCAUCCAAGAGCGCAUAGAGAGAACGGAUCUUCUCAACAGGUUGGGCGAGAUCAAGCCCGAGCUCACUGUCAAGGACGCUACCAUAGAAGCACUCGAAGAGGAGAAGGCCAAAUUGCAAGCCGAGAUCCAACAAAUCAAGGCCGCCGGGAACACUGCCGCGACGAACAGUGCAGACGCAAAGGUACGAGCGCGUCUCGAACGACAGAAAGCUCUAGCCACAAAGGAAGUCGACUUCCUGCGCGCCCAAGUCAAAGCCUUUGACGACGAAGAGCGUGAAAUGCAGCCCGACAUAUUCGACGCUGCAAAGUCUGAGCGCAUAAAGGAGCUUGAAGAUCUCGUCGACCAAUAUCGCAAAGAGAUCGACACUCUACAACAAGAGUUCAACAAUCUGGAGAAACCCGCGCCUGCGACAACAGGCCAGAAGCGCGCUCUCGACACAGACGAGAAUGACGAACGCGUAGGCGAACUACGUCGGAAGAACCGCCAACUACAAGACGACCUUCACGCCCUGCAAAAGAAGCAGAAACUUGUCGAAUCCGAAUACAAAGCCCAGCACUCGCAGCUGAAGAAGCUGAAAGAGUCUUCGCGAACACGCGUCCUAGAGCUAAAAUCCAACCCCACCGCCGACGCCGAAGCCCUCAAGUUGAGCACCGUACGCAAUCUCCGCGAAGCCAACGCCCAGCUCAUCGACCAGCUGGAAAAUCAGAAAACACCACCCUCUACCGUCCCCGCUGCCACACUCGACGCCGCGCGAGACGAGCUCGAAGAAAUAAAAACCCAACUCGCCUCCUCUGAGAAGAAGAUCAAGCGUCUCAAACAAAUCUGGGCAGCCAAAUCCCUCGAGUUCAGAGAAGCCGUCGCUUCCAUCCUAGGCUGGAAACUAGACUUCAUGCCCAACGGCCGCGUGAAAGUGACCAGCAUGUUCAAACAAGCGGACGAAGACGGAGAGAACAGUAUAGUGUUUGACGGCGAGAACGGGACGAUGAAAGUGUCGGGUGGAGAGCAGAGUGUGUUUGCGGGCGAGAUACGCGAUCAGAUUGUGUAUUGGGUUGAGGGCAGGAAGGAGAUUCCUUGUUUCCUUGCUGCGCUUACGUUGGAGUUCUGGGAGAGGGGCCCGGGCGGGCAGACGAUGCAUGGGUAGGUGACUAGAGAUGGAGAUGGAGAUUGAGGUGGAGCGAGUCGAUGUGUACGGUAUAGCGGUAUGACGCCUGGUUCGUCCAAUGUAAUGAUGAUUUCAAAGUAAUGAUACAGGUACUCUUUCUCCGUAACAUAUAUCACACCAUGC